AUGCUUCCCCGAAAGAGGGCUCGUCCUAACCCGGCGGAAGCAGCACAGAAAGUCGACUCUAUAACCCCGGUCAGCGCGUCGAUAGUGAGCGCUACGUCACAAUCACAGGCCUCAGAGGCGUCAUCGGCAUCGGAAGCACCCAGCAACGGCCCAAUGCCACCAACACGACAGCAGACUGCGGGCGACAGUGUCGCAUCCGGCCAGAAGAAGAGUAAAGAGGUCUGGUACGGAUCCUGGCCCCGGGCUCCUAAGGCUUCAGCAUCUACCUCGGUAGCGAAGGAGAACAUCUUUGGAGGAACAGUCAAAUCGAACAAGACCCCUGAUCUCAGCCGAUUUGAUCCAAAGAAGAACGACGAUACAGCAAGCGUGCGAAGCACGGCUGGCACCAUCAAGGCGAUGCCAAAGAUCCCCGAGAACAAGUCCGACGUGACCAUGACGGAAGAGAACGCGCCGACCGAGCCCCCUAAACAAAUCACGGAAGCCGAAACUCCCCUUAAAGAACCACCAAAGGCCCCAGAGAGGCCAGAAACGCCGAAAGCACCUGAACCCAGCUCCGAGACGGUUGAAAGGGAAGCCGAACCUCAACCUCAGCCAGAACCGGACGAUCCUGCAUCACAGUUGUCGCCCCAACGACCGACGACUUCAUCCGGUUGGCUUGGUUGGUGGUCAAGGACACCAUUUACGGAGACCCAGACCAUCUCGAGGCCCGAAGAGGCUAUAGUUCCUGCGACCGACCCUGAGCCUACAAAGGAAGCUGAGGAAGCUCGACCAGUCACUCCACCAGCACAGACGGCGCCUCCAGAGGUCGCAGAGGUCGCAGAGGUCGCAUCACCACCAACCGCCCAAAAAGUUCCAUCUGCCUCAUGGUUUGGCUUCUGGUACUCUACCGCCGAGCCUCCUAAAAUUGCCGAUGAUAAACUUGAUACUCAACCGGAGCCCGUGCCCGAGGCCAUUUCGGAAGAUGUAACCAUGACAGAUGCGCCUCCUGCUCCUCCACAUCAACAUGAACCUCCUCCCAAAGCGGGCUCGACGUGGGCCUUCUGGUCCAAGGAAUCACCAAAGUCGCCACAGAAACCAGCAUCACCAGGAUCUGGAGAAAUGGCCGUGAUGGGUGAAGGAUCGGAGGCUCACCCCAGACCAAUGGCCGAAUGCGAUGUAUCACCUACAAAGGAACCCGCGAAAAACGCUCCAAAGGUGAAAGAGGUUAAAUCAGGUUGGCGGAAGAACAAGAGAAAUCGGCCACAGUCGAUGGAUCUCGAUCCUCCUUCACCCUCGCUGUCUGGUGCUUCGACUCCAAGGAGCGCAACACCUCAGAUACACGAUAUGGACAAACCCAGCGCAGUCCCUACCAAAGUUGCCUCCUCUGGCCAAUCCAUAGCCGAGUCAGAAGCCUCAGUCAAGACGACGAACAACCUUCUCCUCCCGUCGUUCUCCAACACUUACCAAAUGAAGGAGAACCCAUCCAUCUUGAAGCAACUCACCCAGUUCCUCCUUCGUACCCAGCAAGCUCCCGCCAACCACGUCUUCCGCAUCAGAGACCCUCCCAAGAUCCACAAGGCUAUCGCGAUCGGUGUGCAUGGCCUCUUCCCUGCCACGUAUCUCCGUCCGAUGAUUGGACAACCCACCGGCACGUCACUUCGUUUUGCAGGUCUUGGCGCUGAAGCGAUCCGGCGGUGGGCUGAAGCUCAUGGAUGUGGGGAUUGUGAGAUUGAAAAGGUUGCCCUCGAAGGUGAAGGCAAGAUCAGGGAUCGGGUCGACAACUUGUGGAAGCUCAUGCUUAAUUGGAUCGACCACAUCCGCAGUGCCGAUCUUGUCUUGAUCGCCUGUCACUCGCAAGGAGUUCCGGUGAGCAUCAUGCUGCUUGAGAAACUAAUUGACCUCGGUGUAAUCACCAAUGCCAAGGUCGGCGUGUGUGCCAUGGCUGGUGUUGCUUUGGGUCCUUUCCCAGACUAUAAAUCUGGUCUUCUCAUGGGCUCAGCUGCCGAGUUGUGGGAGUUUGGUAAUCCAGAGAGUGACAACUCGAAGAGGUUUGAGAAUGCACUCAAGCAUGUUGUAGACUAUGGCGCUCGCAUCACAUUCAUCGGCAGCAUCGAUGACCAGCUCUCCGCCGUCUACUCUCCUGCCAAUCACCCUUACAUCUACCGCGCAGUCUUCAUCGAUGGACGUGUUCAUGCCCCUGACUUUAUCGCCCACCUCGUCGGGUUUGCUCUCAAGCUCCGUAAUCUAGGCGUCUCAGACCACGGUUUGAUCCGUGAACUGUCCAUCCCCCUUGCCGGCUCCCUAUACUCUGGCGCUGGGCACUCCCGUCUAUACUAUGACGAUGCCGUCUACGAUCUUGCCGUCUCUCACGCUCUCGAGACGGCGUCAACCGGUGCAUUGCCUCCACCAUGCACCGUGAGCGCACGUCAAGGCCCUCUAACGUCUGCAAACCCAUAUGUCCUACCAUGGAUCAUGCGGGGCUUGCUCGAGGAGGAUUUUGUCCGGACAGAGCUCAGCAACGAAGCAGAUGAGCUGCUCAAGCAAUUUGACGAUUGGAAACCCACAAACAAAGCCCUCAAGGAUGUCAAGUAUCGACUCGAGGCAGUAAGAUCUAAACUAUAA